CCCGCACGACGAUCCGCCAUCCACUUCUGUGUUUAUUUUCGCUUUCGUUGUGUAGAACCUCUGGGUGUUGUAGACUGUGUGGGACUGUCGUGAUGAUGGCCAUCGGCUAGAAUGCGAGGUGCGUUGCUGACGCCCUCCAGCCAACACUGCGGCCUUAGACAAUUCCAACACACACGGCCGAGCGCCAUAGAGUCGCGCUCGCCAAGCGCCUUCACACCCAACUCCUCCAGCAUGCUACUGCUGCAGACACACAGCAACUACGGUUCGUCCUUCACUGAUCUACUGUCGCCGCAAUAUCAAGAAGACUCGACUGAAAUCUUAGAAGAAAAUCUAGAUCCAUUCCCGGACGUCGAAUUUCACGCCCCGGUCCCGCCUGAAGUUAAAUCUCAUCGUGCUACGCCCAUUAGUGAGGCUUCGUCGCCGACUCUAGGCCCAGCGUUACCUAGUUUUGAAGAAACCUAUUCGGUCCGUUAUCCUAAACAAGAAAUGGCGGAAUUUGGAAUCAAAAUGGACGAGGACUGUUAUAACGUGAGCGCAUAUCAAGGACAUACGUCCACUCAACUUCUGUAUCAAUAUCAUCAACCGUCUAUCCCAUACGUACCGUCAACAUACUACGCUCCUGCGCAACAGUGCAGUCCUACAUUUGAUACCGGCGGUGUUACGCCUAAUCAAGACUCGUACUCAUUACCUCCCUUCCCAAGUUCAGUGGACCUACACAUAUCUACGGACCAAAGCUCAAGGCAACGUCGAGCUUCCUUGCCGGUGCAGCGGUCUGAGUCUACCAGCUCUAAUGACAGCCCCAAGGUUCCUGGUGGCCGAAUUCACUGUAUGCAAGCGUCUGCACCUAGCUCGGCGUCCAGUUCUCCUGGAGUGGCGCCGGACGGUGCUGGCCCCCGCGUCGCUCCGUCAUCGCCAAGCCAGCUGUGCGCUGUUUGCGGAGAUACCGCCGCUUGCCAACACUACGGAGUUAGGACUUGCGAAGGUUGCAAAGGAUUUUUUAAGAGAACUGUACAGAAGGGUUCUAAAUACGUGUGCUUAGCCGAAAAGUCAUGUCCUGUAGACAAGAGAAGACGAAAUAGAUGUCAGUUCUGUCGGUUCCAGAAAUGUCUUAAUGUGGGCAUGGUCAAAGAAGUCGUACGAACUGAUUCUUUGAAGGGCAGACGUGGUAGACUGCCGUCAAAACCGAAAUGUCCACAGGAGUCACCUCCGAGUCCUCCUAUUUCAUUGAUCACAGCGCUUGUGAGAGCGCAUGUCGAUACUUCUCCGGACUUUGCCAAUCUCGACUACUCCCAAUAUCGGGAACCAAAUCCCAUGGAGCCACCAAUGUCGGACUUAGAAGUGAUUCAACAAUUUUACACUCUUUUGACAACAUCGAUUGAUAUGAUCAAAGUGUUUGCCGACAAAGUACCAGGUUACGGCGAUCUGUGCCCGGAAGAUCGAGAACAGCUGUUUGCAUCAGCUCGUCUUGAACUAUUCGUUCUACGGCUUGCAUACCGCACACGUCCAGAAGACACCAAGUUAACUUUCUGCAAUGGCGUCGUACUCGACAAGCGGCAGUGCCAGCGUUCCUUUGGAGACUGGCUCCAUGCUGUACUGGAUUUCAGCAACACGCUGCACUCCAUGGACAUCGACAUAUCGACGUUUGCCUGUCUUUGCGCAUUAACUUUGAUAACAGAUCGACACGGUCUCAAGGAACCUCACCGUGUGGAGCAGUUACAAAUGAAGAUAAUCGGGUGCCUGCGCGCUCACAUGCCGGGCGGAGGCGGCGCGGGCGGCGGCGGCGGCGCGCCACAUUUCAGCCGCGUGCUGGGCGCGCUGCCCGAGCUGCGCUCGCUGUCGGUGCAGGGCCUGCAGCGCAUCUUCUACCUGAAGCUGGAGGACCUGGUGCCGGCGCCGCCGCUCAUCGAGAACAUGUUCCGCUCCAGCCUGCCCUUCUGAACGCCCCGCGCCCCACCCCCGAGGACCACUCCCGCCUUCGAAACUUGUUCUUCUUCUGUUUUAGAGCCGACUCCGUUAUUUUUUUAAGUGUUUAGAUUAUAAAAAUAUUUUUCUAGAGUUUAGAUGGACGUUAGUUAGGACGCGAUCUCCCACGGAAUCGGUUCGUGCUACUCGUAUGAAUUUAAUAUUAAGUAUCUACUUAAUAGAGACAAUCUUACCAUGUAAGUCCUAAGUUAAGAUUAAUUUAUUGAAACGUUUAGGAAUUUGUCUUUUGGGUGUGAUUUCGUUUAUUCUUACAAUGUUGUGUAUUUAGUAGUCUGCAUUUGAGUUACCGCUCGUGAUCGAUGGCAUCUUGUCGUACAAAUAUUCCUAUGUUAUUUACUUACGUAUUACUUUAGAUAGGGAAAAUCUAGUCACAAGACUUAGAAAUGUUAUAAAAAUUUGCUCGUAAAUAUCGGGCUUUUUAUUAUAAUUAAUAUAAGUAAAGUUACUUUAAGAACGAUAAGGCAUUUAAUGUCCUUUUGUACGAAUGUGAACGGCGGGCGCCGGCAGCUCGCGCCAGCAAGCCUACCCGCGCUGCGCCGCGCGCCCCCGAGUGACGCCGGAGAGCGAUGUUAGUGUGACAACGACACGAUUGUUGGAAGUUACCUUUUAGUUUUAAAUUAUUUUGUAAUAUUUUUAGACGCUAGGACACUAAUGUAAUUUGUUAUCAUAAUUAUACCUAAGGCCUGAGAAAAAGUUCAGCAUGUUCGACGUCCCCAAUGUAAAUCCUUAAAAUACAACGUGUCUUAAAGAGUACCUUUAUAGGUAGAUAGCGUAGAUUUUUCUUAUGUGGACCUUUUAUAUGCUUACUGAAAUACAUAUUAUAUAUGUAUUUAGUAAAUAUUUAAACAUAUCACGACAUUGUUUUUAAAAAUUGUGAUUGCACUUUGUACCUAUUAAUUGAUAUCCUUUGCAUCUCAUUAAGCUAGGCCAAUAUAUAAACAAAUUUACAUUAAAUUAAAUUGCUAUUAAAGUCGCUGUCUAUUUUUGCUCGUAAGUAUAAAUGAAUAGAAACACUACUGAUAUGAUCAGGUUAGAUGUCUGUAUUUUUAUGUACCGCAUUUUGAGUAAACGAAGAAUGGACUAUUUAAACAUUUCACUGGACCAAAUAGGUGAUAACUCACGUCCUGGUGUGGUCUAUCCGGAAAGAGCUAUGCUAAGAUCCUUUAAAUCAUUAUCUAUAGAUCGCCGUUUGGCGGAUAUUUUUUACAUAAUCUGACGGUGUGGAUCAAUGUCUGUGUAGCUGAAUGUUGCCUUGUAUCUCCCAAAAGACUAGAUACCUGCAGCAGCACUGUAGGUAUAGAAUUUUUACGGAAUGUUUGCACGUACCUAUUGUACCACUGGGUGCUCUGUCCAACCUUUAACUACAUUUAUAACUUAAGUAGGUACAUAGAUAGGUAGGUCAAGGAAUUUAAGAUUCAUAUCUGUCAUAACUAUUGAGUAGGUGAGUGAAUAGAUGUUCCUUAAAGUAACAUUUAUUCCGAUAAAUAUAAAAUGAGAGUGAUUGUUGAAAUUGAUGUCCUUUAACAUAGAGUUCGUGAUAAACGUUGUCUAUUACAUCGUAGAGUUAAGAAAUUCAAGACGCAUGGAAAUUAAUAAUUUUAUACAAAGAAUUUGGUAGUAACCUUAAUUAAUAAUAAUGCUGAACUUUUUACUCGAACGCCACAACUCCCUUCUAAUAUUAUUAAUUUUAUAGAUUUAUAAUUGUAGUCAAGAAAAUUAUUUGUCGUUAAUUUUUCAAUUGUGACGAAUUUGAUAACGAUUGAACCUAAAUAUUGUACCUAUGUAAUACUUCGGUUGUGCUUGAAAUACUGUUACCCUAUACCUAAACCGAAAUAAUUUAUGUUUUUUUACAAAACGAGACUACUUAUCCAUUAAUACUGCAAUUGACAUUCCUACAUUACAAGCCUGCUAAGCCUACUCUUGUUCAUUCAAUGUUAAAAUAAGCCAUAACCCAUAAGUUAGGGACCGUCGCAUGUAAGCGCUUCUAAGAACAUACAUAGAUUUAAUAAAACCAACCUGAACUGCAUUAGUACCAGUUAGCCAUUUAAUAUUUAUACCCAUGCAAGCCUUGUCAUAAGUCAUUUAUAUAAUAUGGACGUUAUCUAGAGUUGCUGUCUGCGAUAUACGCACACCAAGGGUUUCCUAUAUAUAGAUAGAUACCUACAUAUACAAACUCAGUUGACAUCAUUAAAACAAUAAAGCAUUAAAUAAUAAAUACGAUACUUAUUGUAGAGCUUACAAGAGACGCUACCCUACGUACUUAGUACCUUACUAUUAAUAAAUACAUGUUUAUGCAGGCAAUCAAAUAAUGUCAUCAUAAUAUAAAUUUCCCUCCAUAGGUGUGUACCUGUAUACCUUUCGCCUAAGUGACAUGUUAAGUACCUAAUUAUUAUCUUUUCUUCUAAGGUUUGUAAUGAACUGCAUUUCUUAAAUCUCAACAUAGUUACAUAAUGUGCUUUUGUUAUGAUAUGUUAUACAUUUUCUUUGUAAAUACUUCGUCAAAAUAAUAUCGAUGCGAAUGCGUCAAUGGAAA